UUUAACGGACAUGCUCAUCAGAAAGAGAGAGGGGUUUUGCAUCUAUUCGUCUAGUGAAUACGUGAAGCUUUUAUAAACGCAUAGCUAUCAUUGUCUAAAUCUCAGUUCGCCAAAGAAAAGUAAUUAGAACGCAAUAGAAAAGAAAAAUGCACGUUGUGUUUUCAAGUUCAUUUUAACUGGGUCGGGCGUGGUCUAGUAGAGUACGUGUUCGGAAUCAGAGUGCUCAUGGUUACGAGUCUGUUGCUGUAAAAAACGAGCUCGGUCAGACGAGUUUGUGGUAGGUGCUGUGCUGCCUUCCUUUAGGCUAUGCGCAGAGCCCUUCACGCGUAAAUCCUGAAACAAUUUUAACUUUUAAUCACUUUCGCGCCUUAAGACUUAACGUGACAAAUACAAUUGAUAUAAAUAUGUUUAAAGUAAAUCUCUCUCUCUUUUGUAUUGUUUGCGAGUAACUUGGAAUCAGCGUCGACAGCAAGGUGAACUUGGAAUUAUAUCACAAUUGUUACUGGAGAAUUGGGCCAUUAAGGAAAAAAAUUAUUAGCGGUCUUAUUGUGGUGUGCUAUUACAUUUAUUACAAACAUAUGCCUCUCCGAAAUGACCAGUUCAAAAGAAAAAGAGGACGCCCCCCUUUGGCGGGAAAGUCGAGCUUAGUGAGCCUUACUUGUCCGUUUUGUCGCCAGAAAUACUCCAAUCCCUACUCGUACAGCAAGCAUGUCGCUGUAGUGCACGCCGCCAACAGAGAAAAAUUUUACUGCGACGUAUGCAACAAAGCUUUCAUGUGGCCCAACAGCGUGGCAACUCACAAAAGGGUUGCUCACGGGAUACAGCCUAUGUCUCCGACCCUAGAAAAUUUCUUUUAGUUAGAUAUGUAUUUUGUUUUUAUUCAUUUUCAUCUAGUGAAAUGAAAUUAUAUCCCUAAUUGUUAAGCCUACCAGUACUUCAAUCUUGUAUAUUAAGGUAAGGACUAUCAGAAAAAACAACAAACAUUAUAACAAAAAAAGAGAUAUUUUGACAAAUCGAAAGUAAAAGAUUGGCUAACCAGUCCUGCUUGGUAGUUAGAAACGUAAGGAUGUCGUUGUUUUAAUAUGUGGUAUGUAUUAGUGUACCUGUAAAGAUGAGGCAUCAUAAAGAAUAAGAAAGUUUUAUAAUGGUUAUGUGUAUCAACUUGAAUAAUGUAAUAAAUAUUUAUAACUAAUCGCAUUGGCUAGAAACUUGUAUGCAGUUGCUGAUUGAAGAAAUUAAGUUCUAUGUGUUAAUUUCUUGUCGUUAGAAGAUACUGAAAAUGAGAUCCUCUUCACCCAAACUAGCGGAAUUGUACGAUUUCGUGAAUUUGUCUGUUCUGGAACAUCAGGAUAAAAAUCUUUCACAAAGUUGGAAUGACAAAUCCAUUCGGAGAUCAAGUAGACGUCCACUUAAUUCUGGGCCAACAAAUGUUCAGUGUCAUAUGUGCUUCAAGAUCUUUAGUUCUCAGGCCUCCUUAAGGACACAUCUGUAUUUUCAACACAGAAGUCACCGUUAUUUCCCUUGCCCAGUUUGUGGAAAGACUUAUCUUCAAGCUUUUACUAUGAUACGUCUAUCUUCGAGCAAUUUCCACCAGCCGAUGGUGGUCAUGACAGUUGGAGAGGUGUUGUGUGUGGAAUUUGUCAACGGACUUUUUCUACCAAGUUCAAUUUACGACGUCAUAUGGUGGUCCAUGGUCAGAACCAACGUGUGUUUCAGUCACGCAGAGGCCGAGCUCCACGACCUCAUUCGAUGAUGGCAGAUGUGUGCCCUGUUUGCAACCGGGGUUUCAGCAAAAAAGGUAACCUAGAGAGACACAUGCUACUCCAUAGAUCCCAAAGGACUGUGCAUCAGUGUCCCCUGUGUCCUAGUAAGCAUUCUUGGCCAGGGAAUCUCCAGACACAUAUGAGAGUGGCUCAUGGUGUUCGUCCUCAGAGAAAGAUUAGGUAAACAUCCAGAGUGUAAACACUGUUGCCUCUACAACACUUACCUCAGACAUUUUUGCGCGAGUCAACUAAUAACACUUACAGUGAUUCACAUUUUGCGAAUUGCCUCUCUUUCCAAUAACAAAAUGCAUUUUAAAGUUAAACCUGUUACAAAAUUAUUGGUUUUACGAUUUAUUUCGGUCUCUUAUUUUAAAUGACGUGGAGUGACCUUUGAAAAUUCAAAACAUAAAAUGAGUACGAAAGUUCAUAUACGUGAAGAAAAAUUACAUAUUAGUACUGAGCAGAAGGUAUUUCUCGUGUCGUGUAUUUAUUAUGUAGAAUUGCUCACAGAUUUAACGGAAAGAAAUCUCUAUCCGUAUGUGGAACAAUAGUGAUGUUUGGUUCUACUUGUUGUUGUUGUUUUUAUAUCGACGUAAGGGUCAAGUUCUGGUUUUAUGGUGGAAGUAUGUGAGUGCCCAGUUGUAAAACAGUACAAGGAGAGAUAAUUCAACUCAGCUGUGAAACUUCUAAUAAAAUCGAGAGUUUCACAAAGAAAAAUGAAAGCAUAUUCAAGUGAUACCAUGUAUUAUUUGUUUUAGAAAUUAUAUAAUUAAAUUGAUGAUGUUUUAAGGGUGAAUUUAUAGUUUAUGUAGUUGACCUUUUAAGUAAAAAAUAUUGUUCAUCUCUG